AUCAUUUGUAUUUCAAAUAGCUUCAAAAUAAACUGGCAGAACAUACAUAGCCAGCAUAAACUAAGCUUACCCACUUUGACUUAACUCUGGUCUGUGGUGGCUAAUGAACGUUAGCUUGUUGUGCACUGGAUAACGUUAACUAGUAUCUAUGCGAGUCUGGUUGUCAGCCGUCAUCACAACAACUGGGACAUCUUGAAAUUAAUUACUGCAAAACUGGCAUAGAAAUGGCAUCGACAGCAGCGGCACAUGAGCCAGGUAUAAACCCAGGCUCCAUACCGCUGGCUGAUGCUUUAGUCCCCACGAGUAUAUUUGCUCCAGACCGGGGAGAAUGCGGGGACGACGACGGGGACGAGUGCUUCGAAGACGGGGACACGCUCAAUGGCGUGACCGAGGAUCGUGGGGUUGACUUUACUAGCAAGCUAGCACUUGUUAGCCCAAAUGGAGACCAGUAUGACUCGUUACUACGUCAGCUACGGGACAGAAUGGAAGAGGGAUGCGGAGAGACCAUCUAUGUGGUUGGAAUGGGCUCAGAUGGCGGGGACUGGGGUCUGGAUGAGAAAGAUAUGGAGGCCUCAGCGGCCACAGUACGCUCAAUGUGUGAGCAACUGGAUGCAGACCUUAUCACACUACGAGAGCGCAACGAGGCUGCCGGUUUGGUACGUGACUAUCUGAUCCGCCGGCGUGUGGGAGAACUGGACUUUCUGGAGGUGAGGGUUGCAGUGGUGGGUAAUGUGGAUGCUGGUAAGAGUACUCUACUAGGAGUGUUAACGCACGGAGAGCUGGACAAUGGCAGGGGCUUUGCUCGUCAGAAGCUCUUCAGACACAAGCAUGAGAUGGAGAGUGGCAGGACCAGCAGUGUGGGCAAUGAUAUCCUGGGGUUUGACCAGGAGGGACAGGUGGUAAACAAACCAGACAGUCAUGGAGGAAGCCUGGAUUGGACCAAAAUCUGUGAGAAGUCCUCCAAGGUCAUUACCUUUAUAGACCUGGCUGGCCAUGAGAAGUACCUCAAGACCACCGUGUUUGGGAUGACUGGACACCUGCCCGACUUCUGCAUGCUCAUGGUGGGCAGUAAUGCAGGCAUUGUAGGGAUGACCAAAGAGCACUUAGGCCUGGCCUUAGCUCUGAACGUGCCCGUGUUUGUAGUUGUAACCAAGAUAGACAUGUGUCCAGCCAACAUCUUGCAAGAGACAUUGAAGCUGCUCCAGAGGUUACUCAAGUCCCCUGGUUGUAGGAAGAUCCCUGUCCUGGUACAGAACAAGGACGACGUCGUAGUCACUGCUUCAAACUUCAGUUCAGAGAGGAUGUGUCCCAUCUUUCAGAUCUCCAAUGUGACUGGAGAGAACAUGGACCUGCUCAAGAUGUUUCUCAACCUGCUCUCCUCUAGGACCUCCUACCGAGACGACCAACCCGCUGAGUUUCAAAUAGACGACACCUACUCUGUACCGGGAGUGGGAACAGUAGUAUCAGGAACUACUUUGUGUGGACUCAUACGUCUGAAUGAUACCAUGCUUCUGGGGCCGGACCCCUUGGGCAGUUUCAUUCCCAUUGCCGUCAAAUCAAUCCAUCGCAAGAGAAUGCCUGUGAAGGAGGUUAGAGGUGGCCAGACUGCCUCAUUUGCUCUAAAAAAGAUCAAGCGUUCGUCCAUAAGGAAAGGCAUGGUGAUGGUUUCUCCCCGGUUGACCCCGCAGGCAACUUGGGAGUUUGAGGCAGAGAUCCUGGUAUUGCACCAUCCAACUACGAUAUCCCCCAGAUACCAGGCCAUGGUUCACUGUGGCAGCAUAAGACAGACAGCCACCAUCCUGUCCAUGAACAGAGACUGCUUACGAACAGGGGACAAGGCUUCAGUCCACUUCCGCUUCAUCAAGACCCCCGAAUACCUGCACUGUGACCAGAGGCUGGUGUUCAGAGAGGGACGCACCAAGGCUGUGGGGACCAUCACUAAGCUGCUGCAGUCCACCAAUAACUUGCCAUCAAAUUCCAAACCUCCACAAAUCAAAAUGCAGUCUACAAAAAAGGCAGCACUCCGAAAAGAGGAUGGCACCAUGGCAGCUGGCGAUGAUGUAGCGACAAUAGCACAAUCAGCAGGCCCAAACACACCACAACUGGGAGAGGGAGAUGAAGACCCUCAGAUAAAGGAGGGCAACAAAGAGAACAAGCCAAAGUCUGGAGGAGGUGGACGUAGAAGGGGUGGCCAGAGGCACAAAGGAAAAGGCCAGAACAGCAGCACCAACUCUACAGCAGCAGCCUCCUCAUCAGGGACAGGAGGAUUCUGAGCUGCACUCCUGUCCCUCCCUCCCUGCUGUCACUCCACCAAGUGUCUUCAUUCCACAAAUCAUGAGUAUGGAUGUUUAGAGAAGGACAUGCUCCUCAGUCUUAUUACUCCUUGCCUUGUUACAGCAGGUCCUAUAACUUAUUUUUAAAAGGAUCACAAAGAGGUAUGUCCCAAAUGAAAAGGUGUAUACUCCUUGUGUAUUUUAAUGUCACCUGCCUUUACUGUUUUGAAUGGUUUGAGUGAUGGAAGCAGUGUGGAUUCUGAGGUUAGCCUCGCUCAGGAUGAUAAUUUAUUUAAUUUUAUUUUUUAUUGAAUUAAUGUCUGAAAUCUACAAUUCAGUUCACCGUCUGUCAGUGAAAUGGAGCCAGGCUAAACCUGAAACAAAGGUCCAGUACCAAUAUGAGCAGCUACAAGCAAAACCCUAUACAUUCCCUGUACAUUUGCAAUGAAAACCAGAUCUAUUAUUCAGUUCUGUACCAUUUAUACUGCAUAUGAAAAUUAGAUGUUAUUCUCUGAUUGGAAAGACAUUGUACAAAAUGUAUGCAAACCACAAAUGAAUGUAGCAGAGGGCAGGUAAUGAUCUCAAAGUCUGGAUAUGGAAAAUAAGGACAUAACUACUUCAUCGAGUUUAAAUGCAGAGCGUUGACUUUUGAUCUUUCCACUUACACUUUUACACUCUACAUCUUUCCACCCCCGCACUCUUAGAUUCAAUAGUAUCUAUCACGCUUUCUCCGUCAAUCAUCCAUGUAUAAAUACAGCUCAUGAUCUCAUCAGUCUCAACAGGUGGUUCUUUCAGUGCUACAUGUAACUCUAGUCCCCCAUGUUGCUGAUAACAUGAUGUGACAUUUUAAACAAUUUGCUGCUUAAAAAAAAAAAAAAAGAAA